CUGAACCUACAUCCAACUAUCAUCAUGCCCGCCGACGUCAAGUGCUCCACCCAGUCCAGCAGCUCUGACUGCGCCUGGCCCAACUGCGAGUGCGGCCCCAAGAGCUCCGAGCCGCCCAAGAACAAGAACUGCGGCUCUAGCUCCUGCAACUGUGGCGCGACCUGCGCGUGCAAGCCCGGCGAGUGCAAGUGCUAAGCGCUUCGCGUCGAUGUGCCUCCACUCGAGAUCUACGGUCGGAAUGUAACAUAUACGAGGUGUAUGAUUGAGAAGUCAACUACCGCUACGC